AAAAACAAAAAACAAAAAAAAAAAAUUGCCAGUCUGUCGAAGUCAUAGAUAAGGGAGAAUCAUGUAUAGUUUGAACCUAUAUGUUGUAUUUUUCAUUGUGUGAUUUUUGGUAAUUGGUGAAAAAUGAACAUUUUUAUUAAUUGGUGAAUGUAGACAUGACAUAGCUAUUAAUUUAAAAUUAAGAGUUUUAAGCAAUUAAGUUUUCUAUUUUUUUUUUACCAAGUCAACAAUAUUGUGCUGUUUAACUAUUUAAAUCUUCAACAAAAAUAGUUGUUAAUUAUAUUCGUGUAGACAAUUCGUGUUUUAUAUUUAGCACGAGAUGUCUGAUUCUGAGGCCAGCGCUUAUUCUGACAAUGAAAGUGAAAGGGGCAGUGUCCAAGGAAGUGGCAGCGAUAAUGAUGUGAGGGAAGCAAGCGAUGCUGGCUCGGACGCCGAAGACCGCCGCUCAGAAGCGGGUGAGAGGUCCGACGAGGAAGACGGCAACGUGUCGGACGAGCCCGCGCGAUCGGAGGAGGGCAACCGGUCGUACAGAUCGGACGACAACCGGUCCGUGAACGGGAACCGCUCGGACGGCAACGCGUCGGACGGCAACCGGUCGGAUGACGGCAACCGGUCCGAGGAGGAGGAGGAAGACGAGAGGCGAUCGGAGAGGGAUGACCAGGAACCGGACGAUGACAGGGCGUCGGUGCAGUCGGACCAGUCGGAUGUCAACCCUCGGAGGAGCAAGAAGAAGAAGGGACGCCGUCGCAUAGACGAUGAAGCAGAGGAGGCAGAAGAAGAUGACGAAGAGGUGGAAGAUGAAGAGGAACCAGAGGGCGAGGACUUGAACUCUGAAGAUGAAUAUGACGAAGAGGAGGACGAAGAUGAUGACCGCCCGCACAAAAAGAAGAAAAAGAAGGACCGUUACGGUGGAUUCAUCAUUGACGAAGCAGAAGUAGACGAUGAGGUUGAGGACGAAGAUGAGUUUGAGGAUGAAGCCCACGAGAUAGGAAUUGUGGGUAAUGAGUACGAAGAGGUUGGUCCUACUGCCCGUGAAAUCGAGGGUCGACGCAGAGUCACCAACUUGUGGGAUUCCCAGAAGGAAGAUGAAAUAGAAGAAUACCUUCGUAAGAAGUAUGCAGAUGAAUCUAUGGCUGCGCGGCACUUUGGAGAUGGUGGAGAAGAAAUGUCGGAUGAAAUUACCCAGCAGACAUUGCUACCUGGAGUCAAAGAUCCAAAUCUUUGGAUGAUCAAAUGCCGGAUGGGGGAGGAAAAGACGACACUUUUGUUGUUGAUGCGCAAGUUCAUUGCGUAUCAGUACACAAAUGAACCUCUGCAGAUCAAGUCAGUCGUUGUUCCCGAAGGAGUGAAAGGCUACAUUUACAUAGAAGCAUACAAGCAACCCCACGUCAAAGCUUGCAUUGAGAACGUCAGCAACUUGCGCAUGGGCAAGUGGAAACAGCAGAUGGUGCCCAUCAAGGAGAUGACGGAUGUGCUGCGUGUGGUGAAGGAACAGACCGGACUGAAGCCGAAGCAGUGGGUGCGUCUGAAACGAGGUCUGUACAAGGAUGACAUAGCGCAAGUCGACUACGUGGAUCUCGCUCAAAACCAUGUCCACCUCAAGCUGCUGCCGAGGAUAGACUACACCCGCCCGCGUGGAGCUCUCCGCACGUCUCAGACUGAAAGUGAGGCGCUGAAGCGCAAGAAGAAGCGACGACCAGCUUCCAAGCCGUUUGACCCUGAGGCGAUCCGUUCGAUUGGAGGAGAGGUGACAAGCGAUGGUGACUUCUUGAUCUUCGAAGGCAACAGAUACUCUCGCAAGGGCUUCCUUUACAAGAACUUCACAAUGAGCGCCAUUGUGGUGGAUGGCGUGAAGCCGACCCUGUCGGAGCUGGAGAGGUUCGAGGAGGCCCCGGAAGGCAUCGACAUAGAGCUGCCGGCGGCGGCGACCACGGGCAAGGACGACGUGGCGGCCCACAGCUUCUCGAACGGCGACAACGUGGAGGUGUGCGAGGGGGAGCUGAUGCACCUGCAGGGCAAGAUCAUCGCCAUCGACGGCAGCCUCAUCACCGUCAUGCCCAAGCACGAGGACCUCAAGGAGCCCCUGGAGUUCCAGGCGUCGGAGCUGCGCAAGUACUUCCGCAUGGGGGACCACGUGAAGGUGCUGGCGGGGCGGUACGAGGGCGACACGGGCCUGAUCGUGCGGGUGGAGGACAACCGCGUGGUGCUGUUCUCCGACCUCACCAUGCACGAGCUGGAGGUGCUGCCCAAGGACGUGCAGCUCUGCUCCGACAUGGCGACCGGGGUCGACUCCCUCGGCCAGUACCAGUGGGGCGACUGCGUGCAGAUCGACCCUCAGACGGUGGGCGUGAUCGUGCGUCUCGAGCGGGAGAACUUCCACGUCCUGAACAUGCACGGCAAGGUGGUGGAGUGCAAGCCGCAGGCUCUCCAGAAGCGGAAGGAGUCCCGCUACGCCGUCGCCCUCGACUCUGACCAGAACACCAUCCAGAAGAGGGACAUGGUCAAGGUCAUCGACGGGCCCCACUCGGGUCGUGAUGGAGAGAUCAAGCACCUGUAUCGCAACUUUGCCUUCCUGCACUCCCGCAUGUACCUCGACAACGGAGGCAUCUUCGUGUGCAAGACGAGGCACCUCCAGCUGGCCGGAGGAGCGAAGGCUAACAUCAAUCCGGGAGGUCUCGGUGCGCCGACGUUGGCAGGCUUCAUGUCCCCUCGCAUUUCGUCCCCGCUGCACCCGAGCGGGGGCCGAGGUCGCGGUCGAGGGAGGGGCGGCGGGAUACGCCGCGACAGGGAGUUCAUCGGCCAGACCAUCAAGAUCACGGGCGGCCCUUACAAAGGCAAUGUGGGCAUAGUGAAGGACGCGACGGAUAACACCGCCCGUGUCGAGCUGCACUCCACCUGCCAGACCAUCUCCGUGGACAGGUCGCAUAUCGCCAGCGUUGGAGUCCUCACGAAGGAUGGAUCCUUUUCAUCUUACAACCGCACUCCAUCUUAUGGCAUUGGAGGAAACACCCCUAUGUACCGCGAUGGCAGCAAAACACCAAUGCAUGGGUCGCAAACACCUAUGUACGAAAUUGGAUCUCGCACCCCUCAUUACGGGAGCAUGACUCCAUCCCACGACGGGUCACGCACCCCAGGGCAGACAGGCGCUUGGGACCCCACGGUCACCAACACACCAGCAAGAAACAACGACUUCGACAGCUUUUCCUUGGAUGAAGCAUCACCUUCACCCAGUUACAACCCGAGCACACCAGGCUUUGCGGCAGGUGGUCCAUACACCCCACAGACUCCAGGGACAAUGUAUGGCUCCGAACAUUCGUACUCUCCGUACCAGCCAUCACCAUCUCCUACUGGCUACCAAGGUACUCCGUCUGGAUAUGUUGCUACUCCUAGCCCAUCGGGCUAUACCCCCUCGCCUACCAGUGGUGUCCCUUACGGAACACCUUCACCGAUGGGCUACAGCCCCAUGACACCAGGGACGAUGCAUUCUCCUUAUAACCCUCAGACACCUGGCUCAGGCCUGGACCAGCUGCCGCUGCAGGAGUGGCACACGGUGGAUAUCGAGGUGCGCAUCAAGGAUACCCACGUCGACCAGGGCCUCGUAGGCCAGGUCGGCAUCAUCCGCAGCAUUUCUGGCGGGAUGUGCUCGCUCCUGCUGCCCGAGAAGGACCGGAUGGUGAACAUAGGCUCGGAGCACCUGGAGCCCGUCACCCCGCAGAGCAGAGACCACGUGAAGGUGAUCAUCGGCGAGGACCGCGAGGCAGUGGGUCGCCUGCUCUCCAUCGACAACCAGGAGGGGGUCGUCAGGUUCAACAAGGACGAGGUCAGGAUGCUGCAACUGCGCUACCUCUGCCGCAUGAAGGUCCCUGAUAAAGAAAAUGAUAAAAAUGAAGAAAAUUGAACAUCGCCGCUCGGGAUAAGACUCUCUGACGUCCGCAGCAGCGCCAGAGAAAGCAUCGUGUGAGUAAACAGAGAUGCUCUGUUGUAUUUGUGUAUUAUACACUCAGUACUGGUGUGUUUGUUGUAUUAUUAAAAAACUGCUGUGUGAUAAAAUUUCAAAAAUUAUGUAGUAAAAUGUUGUUAGGUUUUUUUUGCAAGCUUCUAAUAUAUUUUUUUGGCUGAAAAUUUUUAUAACAGAAAAUAUGUUGCAGAAAAUAACAGAAAAUAUGUUGCUGAUGAUAAAGAGGCAAACAGGACACUCCCAAAAAUAACCUUUCCCUUCUUCUCUUUCUUCUGUACUUUGUUGCUUGUACUAUAAUGUACAGUAGAACCCCGAUUUUGCGAACACGGAUUUAACGAAAACAGCGAUUUAACGUAAAGGUUUUCAGGAACCAACAAAAAUCACCAAUUUAUUAAAAUAAUAAUAUAGAUUUCCAAAAAAUGCAAGUAAAUAGUAAUGGAAUCUUAUUAAAAAAUACACUCUGUGGUGUCAGUAAUAGAAUGGAGGUACUAUACAUUAAUAUGUGCCUUUGCAUCAUCUGUCCAAAUACGAAAAAAUUAAAAAAAUUGUUCAAAUUGCUUAAAAACUCCGGGCGCUGUAACUGAAUUGCGUAGGUGCGUGCCAUUGCGCGCGCCUGGAUAGAUAGACUGUCCGCGACACAUGACGUCUUUGUCCGCAUCCCCCUCCCCCUUUCCAUCACUGGCUUGACUCACCACGUUAUCUUCCAAUCACGCCCGCAUAGUAACAGUGCUAGCCAAUAAUCACACGUUUCCAAAUAUUCCCUUUCCCAUCCUCCAGGUUUUUUCAACUUGUGACCACGUCACACCAAUACGCCAUUAUGAUUAUUCUCUAGAUGUGUAAAAGUAACAAAAAAAAGCGUACUCGUAUGUAUUCGUUACUAUAACAAUUAGUACUCGUUACUAUCGUAUCGUUACGUUACUCGUUACUUCUGAAACCGCAUUAAAAAGCUAUGUUAUGUUGCACCAACGAAUCACGUCGUAUUGCGUACGCGUACAUUAUGACGUCACGUAAAUAAUAAUAAGUAGAAUAUAAACAAUUAACAAUAUUUGAUAAUUAACAGUUUUUGUUAACCAAGAAACAAUUAAAUCUCAUUAAUGCGGCUUUUUUAUAUUAUCUCUUUUAAGAUAAUAACAAAAAAAACGUGAAAAUACGCGAUAAUAAAAAACAAAAACAUACAUAUUUCUAAUUUGUAAACAAUACUUUCUUACGUUGUUUCUGUUCCAAUCUCAAACUUUGUCUACACACACAAUACCUUUAAUAAACAGUAAAAAACUUUGACGACGAAUUUCCAAAUUAUACUUUACUUAAUAAACAAACAUCGUUCUUUGUAACGCAAAUUCAUCGAAUAUGCGCGCGCAUGCGUAAAACAUACGAAAAAUGCGAGUAACGAGAUGCAGCCGUGUGUAACGUUUCGUUACUCGUUACUAGAUGGCGCACCCGUUACUCAGUACCGAAUACAUACGGUUUGCUGCAGCUCUAUAUUCUCAGUAAGAGCUUUGUGCGCGGUGUUUAGUUUUUGGAAUACGUUUUUUAUAAGUGCUGCGCAGCUGAGCGAACAAAGAGAAUCAGCCGGCGGCCACGCCGCGCCGUAACAGUAGCUGACCGAGUACAAUGACCUUUCUCCGCGUACGGCGCGCUAUGGACGGUAAAUUUCCAUCAAUUUGCGGCCUUUUUUUUUUAAUUUUUUACUGUGACGCAAUGUGUAUGUAGCUCGUUUUUGUUAUAAACGCUGCAGGUUGCGACUGUAUUUUAAUAAACUUUAACGUAUUUCUUACACUUUACAUAUUUUUAAACUUUUUUUUAUGCCUCAUUUUUCACGUUUUCUAAAAAUCUGUAUGUACGACCGAGGUGUACGUACGAACCGGGGGCCGUACGAGCGAGAUCAAAAACGUUGAAGAUGGAAAGUUGACGAAGUCUGAGAUAGCACGGCAGCACUAGAUAUCAGCGUCGACCCUGUCUACGAUAUGGAAACGUAGGUACGCGAUUAUGAGUGCGGGGGUCAUUGAAAAUCGGUAAAUCGGAUUUAACGAAACAUCGAUUUAGAGUAAACCUUUUCGGUAACCGUAGCACUUCGUUAAAUCGGGGUUCUACUGUAUGUCACCCAUAGUUUGCAGUGUGCAGUGAAAUAAGGAUCAGGAAAAUAUUCCAUUUUUGUCUAAAGCUUCAUAAAAAAUUUUACUUCGAAAGAUGCAGAACCGAAGGUGGCCGUCUUGGUUUUAAAUGUCUUUGACGACAACUUUUUUUUUUACAAUUUAAUAUUAUGUUUUGGCUAUGUUCGAGCGUUGCACAUGAUUUAGUGGAAUGCCUUAAAUUUAUAGUAACAGGCUGCUACUAAUAAUUUCUCAUAUGAAAUAAUAGUAUUGUAUUAGUGUUUUCAGAAUGACAACAACUGUAAUGAUACUAAAUAGACACUAUUUUAUAAUCUUAAAUUUUUUUCUUUAAAUAUGCAUAUUAAAAUUUUAAACAAAAAUUUAACUCUUUACCUAUAUAUUUCAUGAUGAUAGUCAAAAUUAACAUUAUAGUGUAAAAAUGUCUUCUCCCCUGCAAACUAAGAGUGAGAUGUUAUAGUGUCGUCUGUGAAAAGGAAAAAUCAAGCUAUCUGAAGGAAGGUUCUGUUACUGCAGUUUUCAAUCAGUUCACCUAAAUUUGUUAUCUGUACUGUUUGAACAGCGAAGGUUUGUAAAGAUUACUGUGUAUUAAAUUAUACUUUUGUCUACCUA